AUGGCAUCCAGAUUAGAGGAGGAUCUGUGCUGUCCCAUCUGCCAUGAAAUCUUUAAAGAUCCAGUCAGCCUGUCCUGCAGUCACAGCUUCUGCAGAGACUGUCUGCAGAGCUCAUGGAAAGAGAAGAAGAACCAGGAGUGUCCCAAAUGUAGGAGAAAAAGUUCAAAGGAUUUUUUGCUCCCUGACUUUGCUUUAAAGAGGCAGGAUCUCUGCAGUCUGCACUCUGAGAAGCUCACACUCUUCUGUCUGGACCACCAGGAGCUGGUGUGUGUCGUCUGCAGAGAUUCAGAAACACACACCGACCACACCGUCAGACCCAUGGAUGAAGCUGUUCUACAACACAGGACCAAACUCCAGGACUCUCUGCAGCCCUUAAAGGACAAGUUAAAGGUUUGUGAACAAGCUCGAGUGAAGUUUGAUCAAACAGCAGAAUACAUUCAAGUCCAGGCUCAACAAACAGAGAGGCAGAUCAGGGAGCAGUUUAGGAAGCUUCACCACUUUCUAGAGGAGGAAGAGGAGGCCAGGCUACAUGCACUGAGGGAGGAGGAGGAGCAGAAGAGGCAGAGGAUGAAGGAUGAGAUGGAGGCUCUGAGCAGGGAGAUAGCAGCUCUGUCUGAUGAAAUCAGAGCUACAGAGGAGGAGCUGAUGUCUGAAGACGUCUCAUUCCUGACAAACUACAAAGCUACAGUGGAGCGAGUCCAGCAGCACCCCCUGCUGGAGGAUCCACAGCUGCCGCUAGGAGCUCUAAUGGAUGUCGCCAAACAUCUUGGCAACCUGGGCUUCAACAUCUGGAACAAGAUGAAGGACAAGGUCUCCUACUGGCCUUUCGUUCUGGACCCAAACACGGCUCAUUCAGAGCUCAUCCUCUCUGAUGAUCUUACCUCUGUGAGACGGUGUAGAAGACAACAACUUCCUGAUAAUCCAGAGAGGUUUAAACUCUUCAUUGUCCUGGGCUCUGAAGGCUUUGAUUCAGGGUGUCACAACUGGGUCUUUGAGGUUGGAGAGACUACACGGUGGUCAUUGGGCGUGUCAACAGGGCCUGUACAGGCGAGGGAAUCCACACUGUCUAGUUUUUGGCUAAUACGCACAUUUAAUGGUCAGUACACAGCAGUAUCCUCCUCUCAUUGUCCCACUUUUCUCAAAAUGGAGAAACCACAGAGGAUCAGAGUGGAUCUGGACUAUGACAGAGGAGAGCUAAUGUUUUCUAAUCCAGAUAAAGGCACACAUUUAUACACUUUCACACACACCUUCACUGAGCGUCUGUUUCCUCACAUUAGGUUUUUAGAUGCAGGUUCACUGAGGAUUUUACCACUGAAGGCCCCUGUGGCUGUGGACCAAAUGAAAUAA